AUGCCACCCUUCACCACCUCGUUCGGUCGUCUACCCUCGAUACGCAAACGAGAGACCAAGAACAAGUCGGUCAAGCCCAUCGACGUCGAUGCUGCCAAACAGUAUCAAGAUGCACGGCCUUCUUCAGCAGCUUUCUCGAGCUUGCUCACUCCACGCCCUCACCACUACCGCAGCACCAGUUCAUCUCCAUCAACACCUGCUGCCUCCUCCUCCUCCUUUGCUAGCUCUGGCCCUCGCAGAUCUCGCAUAGUCUCAUCGCCUACCUUUGUCUCCUCCUCGGCCCUGUCCGGUGGCCACGCAUUUCCAGGCGACCAAGUCUCGCUGACACCGCCUUUGAGCCCUGUUGCGCCCCACAGCCCCAACGCCGCUCAAGCUACCAAGUCGCCUCUUCGAAGAGCCCUCUCUCGUUCCUUGUUCUUUCACUCUCCACCGCCUCACAUUUCAUUGCCUCUUCCGGUGGCAUGCCACAUCGACCAGCCUCGUCCAGCAAGGCCUGCCAGACCUGCCAUCUCGCCUGCUACUCGUCUCUCUCCCAAUCCUAACGCCUUUGGUUUCACCCCUUCUCCUAUGACUCGCUCUCCGACUAGCUCCCCUACCAUCACCACCGCCACCACCUCUUCCUCCCCAUCCAUCGAGCACCUCACUACCCGCACCCUCAUGCCACCAGCAACCAUUCCUGAGUCGAAGCUCUCGUCGUCUCAACGAUCCCUUUCGCCCACUUGGUCCAAGCGCUCCUCCAGGUCUGCUUCUCCCCUCCCGAUCGCCAAAGCAGCCCCAUCUCCCAGCUCGCUUCGAUCUAUCCGACAGAUGCACGCUCGCAGGUCGAUCCAUUCCAUCUUUGCUCUCUCCUCCUCUGCAGGCAUCGAGAGCACACCGAUGCCCCAAGAUGUUUCCAUCCCACCCACUUUCUCGCGUCGUCUGUCGUUCCAGUGCCGAGGCCCCCACUUUGACACUCCUCCCGCCGCCGACAUUAGGCAGUUGCACACUCUCGGCUUCUACACUCGUCCCACUGACGCCGUCUCGAUGUACUCCUCUUCCCAUCCAUCUUUGGCUUACGGCUUUAGUGGAGCAAGACAUACGAGCGACUUGACUCGAUCGACCUACCAAGAGCUCAACUACGACAUGCUCAGCGAGACCGACAACGAGGCCGAGCCAGAGACAGCCCUCGCCGGUCUGGGCUUGAUUGAUCCUCUUCCAGCAACACCUCGCGUCAUGCCUAAACGUCUGUCGGCCACUUCACAGAUCUCGCUUGCAGAAAGCGUUCCCUCUUCAGUUCACUCUUCAUCCUCCACCCUCUCGCUCUCCUCGCUCGAACAGCAGUUCGACUCUUCCUGGCCCGCCCUUACUUCCAUGCAGAACUGGUUCUCUGCUUGCCCGCCCACACCUCCUUCCUCUAUCCGUCUUCAACUUGAUUUCCGCUCUCUUCCACCUCGCUCUCCCGCUGCACUCUUCUCUUCCACCCUCACACCCAACACCCCCACCAGCACCACCACCACCACUAACGACGAUGACGCUCUAGAGAACAAGAAACCAGACCGACCCUUAUCCGGCAUCUUUAUCUCUUCCAACUCGUCCGUUCUGGAUCUCAAAGAGACCAUCGCCUCUCGCAUGUGCCAAUCGGGCUACCGUCUUUCACCCAAGAACCUCACUUUGACUCUUCACCUCAACGAAGACGUCCGAACCAAUUCUCGUACCGCUUUGGGACUCAAGUUGUCGGCUUAUGGCAAAAAUCCAGCAAAGGUGCUCGACGAUAGCAGCAGGCUGCUAUUCGAGGAAGGAGCACAGGAAGAAGAUCUUGUUGUCGUCGAUUGCGAUCCUUCACAUAUUCUUUGGAGCAUUUGA